AUGGAGACAGUAUAUGACUUGGAUACCAUUGACGUGGAAUUGGAUGAGUUUUUCAAACAGAAACAAAGAGGAAUCUCGGAAGAUGAAGCACCACAGGAGAAGCUGAGUGAUAGUGAGGGUGACGAUGAAGACAAAUUGCAGUUUCAGUACUCAAUCCAUGAUCCGAAGGUGAAAUGGAACAAUAUGAAGCUAGUUCGUGGGGAGAGGUAUGAAUCACCACACCAACUAAAGCUUUGUUUGACAAAUUACUCUAUAAGUAGGGGUUAUCCAAUUAGGUUCAAGAAAUGUGAUAGUGUAAGGUUUGUGGUUGUAUGUGCAAGUGACCCUGAGAAAUUUCAAUGUCCCUUUGUGGUAAGGGCCUCAUGGAUGAGCACUGAAAGAUCAUUCCAAAUCAAAAAAUUGGUUGAGCAACAUACUUGUGUUAGGAAUUUCCGUAGUGCUAAUCUUAUGGAUCCCACAUGGAUAGCUAGGCAGUUUCUGAAGGAGAUGGUUAGGAAACCAAAUCUGAAAUGUAAGGAAAUGCAAGCUAUUAUUCAAAUCAGGUUCCAUUGCAAGGUUUCAUGGUCAAAAUGUUAUAGAGCAAAGUGUAGUGUAAUUUCUUUAAUAGAUCGAAAGUUGAGUGAUCACUAUGAAAAAGUAUGGGAUUAUAUACAUGAGUUGAUGAGGUCCAAUCCAGUGAGUACAAUUCAAAUAUAUGUCACUAUAAACCCCGAUAACACUACUACUUUUCCAUAG